GUAAACCCAUUUGCAUAAAAAUACGGCUUUGCUUAGUUAAUAAAUAUCUUAAUAUCUUAUUCCAUCGUGGCAAACCCGACUCUCAUUAAGGAGAUUGUGUUGUUGUGAGUAAACAAUUUACAACACAAGUAAACAACGGAAUAACUGAACAAAUUUGAAAAUUGAUCUAGUUAGCAACAGCCGGUGAACCAUGAAGAAGUUUGAAAUUAUUGCACCCGGCAAAGUAAUUCUUCACGGCGAGCAUGCCGUCGUCUACAAAAAGCCAGCGUUAUCCGCCGCUGUGGGACUUACAACGAAAUUAAAAUUCCAUUCACAACCAGAAAAUCAAGUCUGUGUUUUUAAUUUAGACACACUAAAUUGCACAUUCGAGAUUCAAUUGAAGCAGUUCAAUGAAUUUGUUAACGAGUUUCGCGUCAAAUAUCCUGGCGGUAAAUUGGAUUGCACGGCUAAAUUGCUUGAGGAUGUGCGUGUCGUUGUCGCGAAACAAUUGGAAGGAUCCAUCAGCAAUUCUCCUAAACAACUGCAAGCUCAAAAAUCAUUUUUGUCUAUAUAUUAUCUAUUGGCAGGAGCAGUUCUUUCGGCACCGAGUGCAGAACUUACUAUACAAUCGGGGUUUGAAGUCUACAUAGACACAGAGUUAACUAUUGGUUCUGGUCUAGGCAGCUCGGCUUCGUUUGGCGCAGUGGUAGCGGCGGCAUUUUUACUUUUUACAGGUCACUUCGACGAGCAGUCAUACAUUAAAUUAGAAAAUAAAGCACUUAUAUCUCAGUGGGCGUUUGAGUCGGAGCGCAUUAUGCAUGGUACACCAUCUGGCGUUGACAAUACUGUAGUGACUUACGGUGGAAUGUUACGUUUUGUUAAAGGGCAAGGCUUUCAGUCACUUAAUAUACAGCGACCAUUAAAUAUAAUGCUUGUAGAUAGUCGUGUAAAUCGUAGCACUGCUGAUAUUGUUGCUAAAGUACGACAUCUGUGGGAGGCAUUUCCGAAAGUUGUGGAUUCCAUAUGGGAUGCCUGUGAGGAAAUAGUGUCAAGCGCUAUACCGUUAUAUGAAAGCUUUGGUAAUGCGAAAGAUGAUAGUGAAAAGUUUGAAAAACUUGAGCGAUUGUUCCAAAUUAACAACGAUCUCCUCAAAGGUAUUGGUGUCACACAUCCCAAAUUGGAACAGAUAUUUGCUAUUGCCUUCAAGCGUGGGUUUUUUAGCAAAAUAACAGGUGCGGGUGCGGGAGGUUUUGCCAUUGUGCUUUUACCAGAAAAUUUCGAGAGCAAUCAGGUUUAUUGGAAGUUGAAAGAAGAAUUGGAGGCUGCUGGGUUUGGAGUGCAGGCUACCACUGCUGGUGGCGACGGCUUACGUAUUCUGGCUUUGGAAGAGUAAUUUAAUUUGCCUUACUAUCUUUAUAUUAACUUGUUGCUUCAAAUUUAAAAAUCACCUUAGUAUACUUAUCACUAUUCUUGAUUUCGAAUAAAUAUGUAAAACCAGGAUAAGUUUACACGGUUAAAAAAAACAGUUUUGUUUUAA